UGUCACCCUGCUUCCUGUUUGUUUGGCUCGCUGCCUGCCAUGAACGAUUUGAGCGUCUUCUAGAUCCUCUUGUCUUUAUCUCGGCGUCUAUUUAUCAGCCUUUUUUUGCCAAAGAUAGUCAAUUAUCAAAGAUUUAACAUGUCCGACCCGGGAAACCGACUCCGCAGGCAGCUGGAGUCGCCCAAUUUCCACCCUCAGAAUUACGUGAAGCAACUGUCCCAGCAAUCGGACGGCGACCGAGACCUUCAGGAGCACCGGCAGAAGAUCCAAAACCUGGCCGACGAGACGGCCCAGAACCUCAAGAAGAACGUCUACAAAAACUACCGGCAGUUCAUCGAGACCGCCAAGGAGAUUUCGUACUUGGAGAGCGAGAUGUACCAGCUGAGCCACAUCCUGACCGAGCAGAAGAGCAUCAUGGAGAGCAUCACGCAGGCCCUGCUGUCCGCCGACAAGGACGAGACCUCUAAGGAGAUGCAAGCCGCCUUCCCCAAGGAGAGCGAGGAGCUGAAGCAGAGGAGCCUCACCUCGCUUCUGGAGAAGGUGGAGGGCGGCAAGACCAUCAUGGACACCCCCGGGAGGCACCUGGUGUACAACGGCGACCUGGUGGAGUUCGACGUGGACAACAUGUCCCCCGUCCAGAAGGUGCACGCCUUCCUCAUGAACGACUGCCUGCUGAUCGCCACCUGGCUGGCCAACCGGCGCGGCGCCGUCAAGUACAAGUACAACGCCUUGUACGAGCUGGAGAGCUUCGCCGUGGUCAACGUGAAGGACAACCCGCCCAUGAAGGACAUGUUCAAGAUUCUCAUGUUCCCGGACAGCCGCAUCUUCCAGGCGGAAAACAGCAAGAUCAAGAAGGAGUGGCUGGAGAUCCUGGACGAGACCAAGAAGAACAAGGCCAGCAAGGAGCGGGGCAAGAAGGAAGAGGAGACGCCGACGUCGCCCGUCCGGGCCGAAGCGUCCACCAACCCCUUUGACCGGGACGACGACGAGCCGGCGGAGGUGGAGGAGAGCGUGGACCUCGGUCUGGAGUGGAUCCAGGAGCUGCCAGAGGACCUGGACGUGUGCAUCGCCCAGAGGGACUUUGAGGGCGCCGUGGACCUGCUGGAUAAGCUCAACGAGUACCUGAAAGAGGAGGCGCUCACGCCCAAGGUGAAGGAGCUGCGGGCCAAGGUGGACGAGCGAGUGAGGCGGCUGACGGACGUCCUGGUCUUCGAGCUGUCCCCGGAUCGCUCGCUGCGCGGCGGGCCUCAGGCCACCAGGCGGGCCGUGUCGCAGCUCAUCAGGCUCGGCCAGUCCACCAAGGCGUGCGAGCUGUUCCUGAAGAACCGCGCGGCGGCCGUGCACACGGCCAUCCGGCAGCUGCGCAUCGAGGGCGCCACGCUGCUCUACAUCCACAAGCUCUGCAACAUCUUCUUCACCGGCCUGCUGGAGACGGCCAAGGAGUUCCAGACGGACUUCGCGGGCAACACGGGCUGCUACUCGGCCUUCGUGGUGUGGUCCCGCUCGGCCGUGACCAUGUUCGCGGACACCUUCAGCAAACAGGUGUUCGACAGCAAGGAGAGCCUGUCGACGGCGGCCGAGUGCGUGAAGGUGGCCAAGGAGCACUGUCUGCAACUGACCGACAUCGGCCUGGACCUGACCUUCACGCUGGAGUCGCUGCUGGUGAAGGACGUCAAGGCGGCCCUGCUCAGCUACAAGGACGUCAUCGUGGAGGCCAGCAAGCAUCGCAACUCCGAGGAGAUGUGGAGGAGGAUGAACCUCAUGACGCCCGAGGCGCUCGCCAAGCUCAAGGAGGAGAUGCGCGCCAGCGGCAUGUCGACGUUCGACGCCUACACGGGCGCCGACUGCUGGGUGAACCUGAGCUACACGCUGGUGGCCUUCACCAAGCAGCUGCUGAGCUUCCUGGAGGAGGCCCUGAAGCUGUACUUCCCCGAGCUGCACACGGUGCUGCUGGAGAGCCUGCGUGAGAUCGUGCUGGUGGCCGUGCAGCACGUGGACUACAGCCUGCGCUGCGAGCAGGACGCCGACAAGAAGGCCUUCGUGCUGCUCAACGCCGCCUUCCUGCACGACUGCGUGCUGCCCGAGGUGGAGCGCCGCUUCGAGGGGGCCGUGGGGAAGCCCGCCAAGCAGCUGCGGGACCUCCGCAAGAGCACUCGGCCCGUCAGGAUCAACCCCGACAGCACCACGUCCCUCGUGUGACCACUUCCGUUAGGGUUCUGGAAUGUUUUGCGGAGAUGUCCGUGGGAAUUUAAGGCUUGAUAAUCGUUCAAUGUAAUGUAUCCCGAUUGAGUCGCCGCUGCUCUUGGCCACCAGGGGCAGUAUAAUACAGACGAUCUAAGAAGAGUUUCACGCCUACUGUCGGCGACUCAGCCGCACUCGCGAAUUCGCCCGACGGGCCUUCACUUUGACCCCUAAUUUGACAAAAGUAGUCCUUUGCUGACAUUUUGCGGCAUCUACAAGAAAUUAGAAACCUUUUUUUGGGGGUGUGGCGCAGGCCC